AUGAGUAUUUUCGAAAGAAGCGCCGGUACUUCCAGGAAGGCAGAUAAGACGGCCACUGAGCCUCGCCAGGUACCCUGGGUGGAAAAAUACCGUCCCAAGAACCUCGACCAGGUCUCGGCUCAAGAACAUACCAUUGCAGUCUUGAAGCGCACCCUUCAGUCCUCAAACUUGCCUCAUAUGCUUUUCUACGGCCCUCCAGGAACCGGAAAGACGUCCACAGUCCUCGCACUCGCAAAGGAGCUUUAUGGCUCUGAACUCAUGAAAUCUCGCGUCCUCGAACUCAACGCUUCCGACGAACGUGGUAUCUCUAUCGUAAGAGAAAAGGUCAAGGAUUUCGCGCGACAAGCCAUCUCACAACCACCACGGGGCUCGACCUACCCAUGCCCUCCUUACAAGAUCAUUAUCCUCGACGAAGCUGAUUCAAUGACGCAAGACGCACAGUCCGCACUACGAAGAACGAUGGAGACAUACUCGAAGAUCACUCGAUUCUGUCUUAUCUGCAACUACGUCACCCGUAUCAUCGAGCCACUCGCUUCACGUUGCUCGAAAUUUCGAUUCAAACCUCUCGACUCGUCAAGUACCGUUGAUAGGGUACGGCACAUUGCAGAGACGGAGGGUGUAUUGUACGAAGAUGGUGUUCCGGGUGCAUUGGUGAGGACUGGAGAGGGUGAUAUGAGAAAGGCUAUCACGUAUUUGCAGAGUGCGGCAAAGUUACAGCAUGCUACACCUGUUGCCAGCGAGGAUGGAGACGUGGAAAUGGGUGGAACAGGGUCAGGAGGAAAGGUUACCGUUCAGGAGAUCGAAGAAAUCGCUGGUGUCGUACCAGUCUCCAUUAUCGUUUCGCUGCUGGCAGCAUGCGAGCCUAAAGGGAACUCGAACGCCAGCGUAUUUUCGCGGGUGCAAAAGGCCGUGGACGACGUUAUCGCGGAGGGAUACUCGGCAAAUCAAUUGGUGCUACAGAUUCAUGAUGAGAUUGUGAAGAGCGAGACUCUGUCGGCAAAGCAAAAGUACAAGAUCGUGGACAAGCUAGGAGAGGUAGACAAGAGGCUGACGGAAGGAGCUGAUGAAGGACUGGCUGUGUUGGAUAUUUGCUGCAAUAUUAGCUCGAUCUUGGCUACGGCAUAG